CCUUCAAAAGGAGGUGCACUACAUGGGUCAUACCUUAAAUGAGACCAAUGAACAUUUAGCAAAAAGGAAUACGCUUAACAAUAUCCGAUGUAAAAUUAUUGUAGCGUGUACGAUCUCUUUCACUUUUAUAAAUCAGUAGUGGCCACGGAGUAAAGAGUGCCAUAAACAUUUAACUUAGUCUUAAUACUAUUUUGGAUACUUAAGAUAUACAGUUAAUGAUAUGCGUCACAUGAAGCUAAAACGCCGAUUGAAUGUUUUAUUAAGCUUUUCUCUCGGAGCUGUCAUCAUAGAAUAUUUAGCAGUCAAGGGGCUACCUGAAUGUUUUUUGAAUAGAUAUACAGCUGAAGAAGUGAAGAUGAGUACUCGUGUAGAUAAACUGAACCACAUGUGCAACUGGCUUGUCAACAAAGGAUAUAAAUUAAAAGAAAGUCAGAGAUUCAAACAUAUUAUUGUGGAUGACAAGUACAAAGUUAUGUUUUGCUAUGUGCCGAAAGUUGCAUGUACAAAUUUUAUACGAAUAUUUCUAUCACUGAAAGACAACAUAAAUUCGUCUGAUCCUAUGCAUCUAAAAGCAGGAGAUGUCCAUAUAUUAAAGAAAAACUUAACUUUCUUGGAUACAUUUUCUGUUCCAGAAGUGGAGUACCGUAUUAAGCAUUAUACGAAGGCGAUUUUUGUCAGAGAACCACUUGAACGUGUAUUUUCAGCAUUUAGGAAUAAAUUUCUCAAAACAAAUAACCAAAUCUUUAUGCACAGUUUUGGGGAAAAAAUUAUAAGGAUAUAUCGAAACAAAUCUACUGUGAAUUCUUCAGAUACAGGCGGUGUUAAAUUUACAGAAUUUGUUCAAUACCUGUUAGAUGGCAAAACAAUUAAACAAGGAUACAAUGAACAUUGGGAAUUAUUUAGUAACCUAUGUCACCCUUGUCUUAUUAGGUACAACUUUAUUGGUAAAUAUGAAUCACUUGAAACAGAUGUUAACAGUUUCCUAAAACAAAUCAGCAUGGAGGGCAAAAUCAAGUUUCCAAAAAGAGAAACAUAUUAUAAGCAUAAAAGUUCGACAGAACUACUAUCGGUAGUUUAUGAAAAUAUACAGCCAGAGAUGUUUGAAAAUCUUACGAAAAUUUUUGAAAAGGAUUAUCUUUUAUUUGACUACGAGAUUCCGUCACGCAAACAAAUAAUGAAGAAACGAGUGUUAUUUCGAUAAAUCGUAAAGGUUGACUUUAAACGUUAGUUUUCUUCCAAACUAAUAUAUCCGCGUUCAUCCUUGAACAUUAACGGAUGCUGUCGCUAGUUUGAGCAUUUAAAGUUACCCGCAAAUCUCUCAGGGUAGGUGUCAUACUCAGUUUUAUGCGAUAAUAGAUUUAUGAUAUAAUACCUGCAUAUUUUACUUCUGUUAUCGUUUCUUAUACCCCAGUCACACAUUCGGCGCGGAUAGCUACGUCUAGCCACGGAUAGAAACGUAGUAAUCCGUACUGAUCCGUAUCAAUCCGUACCUGAGCCGUACCUUAAUGUAGUAACCCGUAUCAAUCCGUACCAAUUCGUUCGGCUCAGGUACGGAUCGGUACGAAUUACUACGUUUCUAUCCGUAGCUAAACGUAGCUAUCCGCGCCGUAUGUGUGACUGUGGUAUAACAAUGAAUAUGAUGAUAUAUGUUGGAUUCAAAUAAUCGGAGGCAUCACAUAAAAAAUCUUAAAAUUAUCGUGGUUUACUUAUUAUGUGUUAAAUAAAAAUGAAUUUUCUAGGAAUUUGAUUACACGUUUUAAAUACAAAAGGCAAACAAACUGCAUGAUAUGAAAUCCGACAACGUUACGAAAAUAAAUAAAAUAUAUUUAAUUUAAUAAUCAAACACGAGUUGAACUGAAUUGGAUCUCGUAUAUCAAACCUGUGUGAAUGUGAUUUAUUGGAAACUGUGACCAUAAACGAAAAUAUAAGAUAUUGUUGCCAUUUAUUUAAUCCCUUGCAAACCUUACUUAGAGGAAGACAUAUGAAACACACUCUUAUACAUUUAGAAACGGUUAUCGAGUACAUACAAAUGCACGUUAUUUAGAAUGGCUAUUCUCAAUUCUUCACGUAAAAUGUACCGGAGAUGAUGGAGAAUAUAUAACUUCAAAGAUGCCAGUUGUUUACU